CUCAAACGCGAUUGUCGGUUUAUAGUCGGACUAUUUUUAAUGCAACACGGAGAGUUUCACAUGUGUUUCCUAGUGGAUGUUUUGCGCAAUUCAAACACUAUUUUAAGCUCUGCAUGUGGUCUCCCUUCCACUAGACUGUCAGAAUGAAGCAAACCGAGCCACAAAAAGACAGAGAGCGCCUCUAUCUGGAGGUGUCCACUGUGAAUGGAGCCGUGUCUCUUCCCCUGCACUCCUCUAUCGUCCUCUUCCUCCUGUCCUACACAGAGUGCUCAUCUUUCCAUGUCUACCUGGUCACAGAUCAAGCAGACGUCCUUCCAUCUCUGUCAGGUCUUGUGCCCGAGGGUCUGGUUGUCUCUGAAGUGAGGAGGGACGAGCUGCCAGGGCUGGUUAGGAUGUGCCGUCUGCCGGCUGCACUGGAGCCUGACGUUUGUUUUUGCAGAGCUGGCUUAGCUGUCGUACUGAGACACAUCAUUCAGAGCGUGUGCCAGCUGACGCCAGGCCGCAAGGAUGUGGCGUCACUCUUGGGCUUCAAGAAUACCUGUCUCAAGGCUUGCGCCGAGGUGAGUCAGUGGACUAGACUGUGUGAGCUGGACAUUCCCUCUGCGGUGGAGGAACACUUACGAAACCCCGAAGACCAGAUGUGUCGACUUCCAGCUGCGAUCUUGAACUUAGAGAAGAGGUUAGGGGAACCCGUCAAGGUCCACAAUGAUGACAAGAUACGCCGACAGAAGCUGCAACAGCAGAAGAAGAGCGAUUCUAAGCUAAAAGGCCCUGGUACAGAGAUGGAGAGUCAUCCGAACGAAUCGCAUCCAGGUGUUGAGCUCAGUGCUGCCCUGGCGAAGCUCUCUGCAGACGCAGUUCCUUCUCCCUCCACCAGGGAGCGCUCUGACAUCAGAAAAGUCAAGACCACAGAUCUGCCAGAGCUGGAGCAUGUGUUUGCAGAAGGGCUGUAUUUCACUCUCACCGAUGUCGUCCUGCUGCCCUGCAUCCAUCAAUACUUGGUCUCCCUCCAAAAGCACACCCCCUGCACCCUCUCCAAUCUUCCCUUGCUACUGAGAUGGUACCAGCGUGUACAGGAGCUCCCUAGCGUACUGAGGGCCGCAAAGGAUUGUGGGAUGGCCCUCCUUAGUCUCAGCAUGACUGACCCUUGCCCCCCGCAGACAGAGGCCCCACUACCCAGUGGAGCAGAUCAGGAAGGGCCAAAACUCAAGCAAGAGCCCUUCAUCGGAGGCCCGCGGCCAACUCUGACCAAACUGCAAGAGAAUGGGAUAGACGCUGUUUACUCCGCUCACCCUUGCCCUUCAUGGACAGUUGAUUGGGAGAGCCUACCGGCAGCUGUCAACCCCACUGAAGGUAAGAUGUCAGACGCCCGCGCCGUGCGAAAGCAACAACAGCUCAACAACCUGGUUGCCAUGGUGACAGAGUUGGCCCAUCCCGGGCACACGGUGGUGGAUUUCUGCAGCGGUGGGGGGCACGUUGGGAUUGUUUUGGCAUACACGCUUCCUAAAUGUCAGGUUAUUCUCAUUGAAAAUAAAGAGGAGUCACUGGUCAGGGCCAGAGACCGAAGCGCACAGCUUGGAUUGACAAACAUCGGCUUCAUCCAGACAAACCUUGACUAUUUCACUGGAAACUUUAAUAUUGGGGUGGCCCUGCAUGCGUGCGGAGUGGCGACAGACAUGGUGUUGGAUCGCUGCCUCCAGGCGCGGGCGGGAUUUGUGAUUAGUCCGUGCUGCUACGGGUUCAUUCAAAACACACUCAAGUUCAACUUUCCCAAGAGCGCGAGGUUUGCGGAGACUUUGAGCUAUAAGGAGCACAUGAUCCUAUGCAGGUUUGCGGACCAGACGGCUGUCAGUUUACCCUCAGAACGACGAUUAAUUGGGAAGCGCUGUAUGGGACUGGUAGACUUGGACCGUAGCUGGGCCGCCGAGACUCAUGGGUAUUCUGUGAGGGUGAUGACCAUGGUCCCUGAGGGCUGUUCGCCUAAGAACAAUAUGCUGGUGGGGAUACCGACAAGAUAACACUGACUCAUGAGAAACACCCACGUCAUAUCAGGACUGCAAACACUGGACCUUCAUGAACGGAAGUUCACUGUUUUUUCAUUUAUUCCAUGAGAUGUUUCAUGUUACUACUUAAGUUUUUACCUUGGACAAUUUAAAUUUGUAAGUAUAAGUUCAUUUGAAGGAACAGUUCACCUAAAUAUUACAAUUUUAGCAUCAUUCUGACCUCAUAUAUUGUGUUUUUAAGUUUAAGUUAGUCACUCUUUUUUGUUGAUUUGAACUAACAAAAAAUAGCUUCUUGUAAGAAACAGAUAUAAAAAAGAUGGUGUUUUUUUUUGCACUUUUGGGAAUUUAAAUCACCAUCCACUUUUUUUAUGCAGAACAGAAGCUUUGACAUUCUGUCUGACAUAUCCUUUUAUGUUUGACAGAAGAAAGAAAAUAAUUCUGAUGUUGGAUGACACUGGCAAGAUUUAAAUUUUUGGGUGAGCUGUUUGUUUAAUUGAUUUCCUUUGAUCCAAAAGCAAGAUUGCUACAUUUUAUUUGCACAUACACACUUGAAUCAUCGAUUGAUCUAAUUGUGCAAUCAGUAUAUUUGUUUUUUAUUUCAAAAUUUUUAAAUUGCUUUUAAACUUGACAUCAUCUAAACAAUUAGAGUGAUUUUUAUUUCAGAAACGUCUUAUAGAUCACUCCUUUCAUACUUGCUUCGCAUGCCUGAGGUUUAUUUGUAAAAAGAGACAGAAAGCAGCACACCCCUCAAUAAAUUAAACAUGAUUUCAAAUGCUGUUUGCAAAUCAGACACAUUGAAUUGUGUAAAACCACCUUGCGCCCUCUCCUCCACCAUUAUCAUGUAUUAUGCACGAAACAAAAGAGUCUCAAAAGCCUGCUUUUCUCAAGUUAUUACCAAUGUAAAAUUAUUCAUUGUAAUUUGCUCUUCUCCCUCGCAAGAAAGCCGAGACGUCGCUUUUGUCUCAAAGUGUUUGAUUAAAAGUAUUGAAAGUAAA